AUGGCGUCGUCAAYCCUAACAAAGCUAAAAAAGGAAAAGAUAGCAGUUUCGUCUGAUAUAGAGAGCAUGUUUCACAGAGUAGCUUGCAGAGAAGAAGAUACGGAUGCUCUCCGUUUCCUGUGGUUUGAUGAUGACAUGAACAAACCGCCGAUCGACUGCAAGAUGAUGGUACAUCUAUUUGGAAAGGCAGACUCGCCUUGCAUUGCUUCAUGGGCCUUAAAACGUACUGCCCUUGAUAAUGAAGAURAAUUUGACAAGGGGAUUUGUGACAUUGUGAACAACAAUUUUUAUGUAGAUGAUUGUUUGUUCUCAAAACCUACUGUUGAAGAAGCAGUUGAUUCAUCACUACAGUUAAUGAACUUACUAAAGAAAGGGAACUUUCGUCUCACUAAGUUUGCUUCCAGCAAUAAGCAAGUAUUGGCUUCGAUUCCUGCUGAAGAGAGAAYGAUUAAAGAUCUYGAUCUUGACAAACUUCCUACUGAAAGGGCACUUGGCGUGCAAUGGAACAUUGAGAAUGAUACCUUCGGUGUUAAGGUAUCUCUCAAACCGUCUGAUGAUAACACGAGGAGAAGCUGCUUGUCAACAUUAAGUUCAACCUUUGACCCCUUGGGUAUGGUCUCUCCRGUGCUGUUGAAGGCCAAGAGGGUCAUACAGAAAUCGUGGCAGCUGAAACUGGACUGGGACGAACAACUUCCUGACGACUUGCUACAUGUCUUUAGAAAAUGGCGCGAAGAACUUCCACUUCUAAAUAAUGUAAACAUUCCUCGAUGCUACUUCGUUGAAGGAUGUGCAACAAGAGCAACAUUUCAACUACACCAUUUCUGUGAUGCUUCAGAGUAUGGAUAUGGGACGGUUACAUACUUGCGGAAGAAGGAGGAGGAUGGAACUGUCGAGUGUGCAUUUGUAACAUCGAAAAGUCGCACUGCCCCUCUGCAGUAUGUGUCGAUUCCCCGACUUGAGCUUCAAGCAGCCACUAUCGCUGUUCGUGUGAAUAACAUGGUGAUGAAGGAAAUCCAGUUAGCGAUAUCAGCAGUAUUCUUCUGGACAGAUUCUCAGCUAGUCAUCCAUUGUGAGUAA